AGUCACUGUGCUGAGGGAGCUCCAGGCACCCAGCCGGGGGUCCCAGCAGUGGAGGGAGCAGCACACCCGGAGACAUGGCAGAGGAGGCUCCUGGAGCUCUGGGCCCCUGCCCCACGGUCCCUGGUCUGGGCUGUGGAGAAUCACCUAACACCCAGGACAGCGCCUCAAACACCAGACCUGCUGCUGCAAUGCCAGGAGAGAUGGACAAGCCGCUGAUCAGCCGCUGCCUGGUGGACAGCGAUGGCAGCCUUGCUGAGGCCCCCAGCGAGGCCCCCAGAGUGGGCAUCCUGGGCAGUGGGGACUUUGCCCGCUCGCUGGCCACACGCCUGGUGUGCUCCGGCUUCAGCGUGGUUGUAGGAAGCCGCAACCCCAAGCGGUCAGCCGGGCUGUUCCCCAGUGCGGUGCAGGUGACUUUUCAGGAGGAGGCUGUGAGCUCCCCGGAGGUCAUCUUCGUGGCUGUGUACCGGGAACACUACUCCUCGCUGUGUGGUCUUAAUGACCAGCUGACCGGCAAGAUCUUGGUGGACGUGAGCAACCCCACAGAGCGGGAGCACCUUCGGCACCGCGAGUCCAACGCUGAGUACCUGGCCUCCCUCUUCCCCACCUGCACCGUGGUCAAGGCCUUCAACGUCAUCUCUGCCUGGACCCUACAGUCUGGCCCAAGGGAUGGAAACAGGCAGGUGCCUGUCUGUGGUGACCAGCCGGAAGCCAAGCGUGUGGUCUCAGAGAUGGCGCAUGCCAUGGGCUUCAUGCCAAUGGACAUGGGCUCCCUGGCAACAGCCCGGGAGGUGGAGGCCCUGCCCCUGCGCCUCCUCCCGGGCUGGAAGGUGCCCACCCUCCUGGCCCUGGGGCUCUUCGUCUGCUUCUAUGCCUACAACUUCGUCCGAGACGUGCUGCAUCCCUACGUGCAAGAGGGCAAGAACAGGUUCUACAAGCUGCCCGUGUCCGUGGUCAACACCACACUGCCAUGCGUGGCCUACGUGCUGCUGUCGCUGGUGUACCUGCCCGGCGUGCUGGCGGCAGCCCUGCAGCUCCAGCGGGGCACCAAGUACAGCCGCUUCCCCGACUGGCUGGACCACUGGCUGCAGCACCGCAAGCAGAUCGGGCUGCUCAGCUUCUUCUGCGCCGCCCUGCACGCGCUCUACAGCUUCUGCCUCCCCCUGCGCCGCUCGCACCGCUACGAACUGGUCAACCUGGCCGUCAAGCAGGUCUUGGCCAACAAGAGCCACCUGUGGGUGGAGGAAGAAGUCUGGCGGAUGGAGAUCUACCUCUCCCUGGGCGUGCUGGCCCUCGGCACACUGUCUCUGCUGGCCGUCACUUCGCUGCCAUCCAUCGCAAACUCACUCAACUGGAGGGAGUUCAGCUUCGUUCAGUCCACGCUGGGCUUCGUGGCCCUGGUGCUGAGCACCCUGCACACGCUCACCUACGGCUGGACGCGCGCCUUCGAGGAGAGCCGCUACAAGUUCUACCUGCCACCCACCUUCACCCUCACGCUGCUGGUGCCCUGCGUCGUCAUCCUGGCCAAGGGCCUCUUCUUCCUGCCCUGCCUCAGCCGCAGACUCGCCAGGAUCCGCAGGGGCUGGGAGAAGGGCAGCGCCCUCAAGUUCACGCCGCCCACAGACCACGCCCCGGUGGAGAAGACCAGCCACGUGUGAGGGGCCACACGGGCCCCGGAAGGGGGCCUGUUGGGGUUGCUCUUUCCUGGACAGUGUGGGACAGCGUCCUUGCACAUGGAUGGGUGGUUUGCGGUCGGAAUUCCUGGGACACACACGUGUGCGCUGGUGUUCACGUCGACACACAGCUGUGUGAUGCUGGAUGUACAUAUGUUUCCUACAGAGAGCAGCAUAGCGACUCUGCUUAGCGGAAAAGUUGCCUCCCUGAGAGUUCACCUUGUAGGUCUCAAAGCCAGUGUCUGUCGGGUGUCAGGAGGGGAGCAGAGCACGCCCUUGUGCGUUGCACUCUGUACAGAAGAGGCUUUGGCUGUGAUGCAUCCGACUCACCCCUGCCCCUUUUGUUCCCUCCCCAAGGCUUGUGCAGACCUGGUGCUCUAAGGGGGCUGGGAGGGCAACAGCCCUGCCUGGAGCCCACCCCAGUGGGCGGGAUAAAGUUGACCUGGGCAGGGGCAAUGGGGGUGGGGGGCACUUCCUCCUUCCUCCGCCGUGGGCAGCAGCGGGAGGCUCAGGACCUGCAGAGGUGCAGGCACCCGGUGGGCCUGGAAUCUGUGCCCUGCUUCCCUGUGCCUGGCUUUUGUCCUAAUGCUUCCCGAGCUGGGGAGGUACUUUUCUUUUCCCCCUUAAAGUCAGAAGUCACCAUAUAGCCUGCAUAUUGAUCCACCUGUAGGAGUGUGAAGUCCCCCUCCCGGCCAGAGCGCGGUAAUUAGCGCUGGCUUGAGGGCAGGUGUGAUCUCUCUCGCUCUCCAUUAGGCUGCUCGAUGCCUUCUCACCUUCCCGUCCUUGGUGAGAACAUCACCCGGCAGGCACAGAGCAGACCCCUUAGAAAGCAGGCCCGGGCUGGGGGCGGUGGGGACAUGACAAGAGCACUCCCUCCCUAUCAGAGCUGAGCCCUCUUCCUGGACCCUGGCGGGGAGGGGGAGGGGAGGGCAAAGGACCACCCUCACCGAGUCAGCCCCGUGGAGAAAGAAUGGAGACCCCUUCAAGUUUCAUCUGCCGCCGCUGGGCAGAGGUAUACCCGGAAAACCACCCUGGCUCCAGGUCCCCGCUCCCGGGAUGCAGUCGGCCCGAUCCCCGUGGGCUCGUUCUGCGGUCUCAGUCCCCAUGGUCAGCUGCGGGCUGAGAGUACUGCGGUUCGCCUUGACUCUUCCAGGAGAGGAUGAGGACGCGCCUAACUUCCUUCCGGGAUGUUAUCACUGUUCCAUUUCGUUAGGAGUUACUGCUCUGCUCUUCCAGUGCCUGAUGCACAAAUGAAACUUUAGCCUAAGUCUAUAUAGUAAAACCAUAGUAUACCUAGGAUUCUGUACUGGCCCAGUGCCAGGCGGCCCGUGGCGGGGGGAGGAGGGGGUCUUAGAACGCAUGCCCGUGCCCAUGCCCAGCACUGUGGCAGUGCCGGUUAAAGCCCCAGCCUGCAGCGCCAGCAUCCCAUAUAGGUGCCUGUGUGAGUCCCAGCUGCUCCACUUCUGAUCCAGCUCUCUGCUAUAGCCUGGGAAAGCAGUGGAAGAUGGCCCAAGUCCUUGGGCCCCUGCACCCAGGUGGGAGACCUGGAAGAAGCUCCUGGCUCCUGGCUUUGGAUCAGUUCAGCUCUGGCUGUUGCGGCCAUUUGGGGAGUGAACCAGCGGAGUGGAAGACCUCUCUCUGUAACUCUGUCUUUCAAAUAAAUAAAAUACAUAUUUAAAAAAAAGAAUGCAUGCCCUGUGGGCAUGGGGCUCUACUGGAUUAUAUUGCAAUGAAGCAGGGAGGGUCUUUCCCACUGCAGCUCCAGAGCGCAAAUGCUACCGCCCCAAAGCACAGGAGGCGGGACCACGCCAGGGCCUUGGGAUGUGUGUCUUCUACCCCCUGCAGGGUUCCUCACCAAUCUGGGCUGUACUGGGGAGCCCGCCAGCCCCGCGGGGGGCAGGGCGAUCUGCCACUCAGACACCUUUGAACACAAAGAGGUGGCGUGCCCUGGGCCAGAGGCCUCUGUUGAUGAGAUGCAGAGCAUGGGGCUGGCGGAGUGGACCGACAGUGCUGGGAGGGGCUAGGCUCAUUUGGGGAGCACAGUUAGGGUCCUGUGAAGAGGAGAGGAGAAAACAAAAGCCCAUGGCUGGGAGGGAGGCAGUGGAUGAGGGGAGGCUGGCUUUCCACCUGCCGCGCCAAGGCUGACCGGCCAAAGCCCAUCUUACAAAUUGGCCGUGGUGGAGCAUCCGCAGCAGCCUGCAGAGAGCCUCGCUGAGAAGUGGGUGAGCGGAGCGGGGGUUUUAGCACCUGCUUGGCUCACGAGAGCCGUGGAUCCCUGCUGGUGAGAAGCAAGGAGAACAAGGGCAACGCACACCCACCGAUGACACCAACGCUGGUGAGUGCUGGCUGCCCGCCCUCUCCCGCCCUCCCUGGACCCUUAUACCACGGAUGCCAAGCCAGAGCAGAGUCCAGUGUGCUGCCUUCCCCUCCCCCCAACCCCCUGCUGCUGCAGGGCGGAUCAGGAGGGAAAUAACGCCUGAGGUGAGUGGCAGGAGGGGACAGGUGGGGCAGAGGGCCUGUCAGCUGCAGCCCAUGAAAGGCAGGAAGGCCGUGCACUUGACCCUGACCUUGUGUCUGCUGCCGUUCCUCUCUACCUCUCCAGACAGCCGAACCCAGCAGCCCCAGCAGAGCGAGUCGCUCCCCACGGCCUGGGCAAUUCCCUGCGCCUCUGGCUGCAAACGUGCCUCAGCCCCCAUGCUCCAGAAAUCCUAAAUGCCACGGUCUGGGACUGGUGUUUCAAGUCAAUGCCGUUGGGUCUGUGUUGUGGUUUUUGUCCCCUUGUCUGAGAAGACACACAAAUAAACACCUAACCUCCCGUGAAUGUCAGGCGCCACGAGCCCUCUGAUAGGAGCCUGCUGUUCACUGGGUAGCGUGCACAGCGUUGGGGCUGCCAUGGUAAACACGAUCUGUGCAGGGCCCGGUGCCAGGCCGGGGAAGAGGAAAUGGGCAAGGUCCAGGGGACAAGGCCGGGCUGGGAUGCCUAGUGGUCAGCUUUUUGCCAGGAUAACUGAAUGCCCGGAACAAGCUAUUUAGGAAGGGGAAAAAGAUGGACUCACUAGCUUGGAGGCUCAAGUUCAAAAUGGGCUGGCCCCACUGGCGUGGCCUCUGAGGAAGGUGGCAGUGUGGGGAGUUGGAGCAUGUAGAGGAAGAAUCACGUGGCAAGCCAGGAAGUAGAGAGCAUGGCUGGUCCCAACUCCAGCUUUUAUAGCUGACCUCUGGCAAGCACUGCACCCAGUGACCUAAGACCUCCCAGGAGGUUCACCUGCUUGACAUCACAAUUGCAUUGUUUCUACUCUCUUAGUGCCAAUAACAUAGGACUUUAGGGUUAAAGUCCUACAUGAGGGCAGGGGCCAAAUCUUGGGCAACCCGUGGCAGGCAGGAAAGUGGGACCCCUGGCCUCGGAACAGCAGGGAAGGCUUCUUGGAGGAAGUGGUAUCUGCCCUGUGGUCUGAAGGCUGAGGCCUUGAGUGUAGGUAAGAGCAGCAGUGUCCCUCAAAUUACAGUGUCCCUGUGCAUCACAGAGGGAUGUAAUUCAAACACAGGUUCUGAUACAUGGGUCUAGGGUGAAACCCAAGAUUGUGCAUUUCUUUCUUUCUUCUUUUUUAAAAAGAUUUAUUUAUUUAUUUGAAGGUCAGAGUUACACAGAGAAGGAGAGGGAGAGGGAGAGAG